AUGUCGCCCUACGACGAGGACGGACUGCCAACAUACUCCUCGGCCAUAUCCGAGAAAAUCUAUCUCGAGUCUCGCACCAGCAAAGGCUACUGGACACCCCGCCCUCCAUCCAUCCGCCUCUACCUCACAAACCCCCGCCGCCUCACAAAGCUCACCUCCACCCGCAUCACACGCCGCAAAUCAUGGCUCCUCUUCCUCGUCACCAUCACCGCCUCCCUCUGCUUCUUCUACCUCUUCGACUUUCCCUCCUUGCGCCGCGACAAGUACCCCCGCUCCGCCCGCGACUGGCCAGGCAUCAGCGUCGGCUUCACAAAAGAGGUCGACGAGAGCGCCAGUUCCACCCUCGUGUUUGAACGAGAAGAGAUUCAGCGGAUAUGGCAGUGGGAGAUCGAGUCGGGCCAUUUCCCUUCCAAUGGCAAGGUCCCUGAACAAGUCGGUCUCUCCACCGCUCCACUCAACCCCGCCCUCCCACCACGCCGCGUUCCCACCAUUCCCUCCCGCUUCCGCCCACCACCAGGGCCCGUAGCCACUACUACCCGCGGAGACGGCCCCAAGCGCGUGUAUUACGGUCCACAGUUCAAGGAAGGCGAAGUCGCCUAUCCACCACGGCCCGUACCAGGUGGAAUCGCAGAUCUCGACGUGAUCAUGCAGCACUGCGACUUUGAGCUGGACAAGUACGUCCGCGACUGCCUCGAAGUCCUCCGCGUUGGCGCAGGCCUCAACAACGGCCGCGGCCUCCGCCGCGCCCCAACAGACGAGUGGAACUACGUCUACCUCCACGCGGGCCGCGAGAACUUCACCGAGCCCGCAAGUGAAAUCCCAAUCGCCAAGGUCAUCGCGUCCGCCUCCUCCGAGUCCACCCCCGACCAACGCGCCCCGUCCAACAACAACAAUCCACACACGAACCCCAACGCGGGAUUCGUCAAGAAAAAGGACGCGCCAUGGGAACCCGCGCUGGUGCUCUCCGACCCCGCGCAGGCGAGCAGAGAGGGCUCCGUGGCGGAGGAGGCGUCCGCGGUGGUGGAGACGAUCGAGAUGGACGGUGCGUGCGACCCCGAGAAUCCACACGUGUUCCACAUGUUCUGGACGGGCCCGUUCACCGACAAACCGUACGCGUCCAUCCUCUCCUUCCUCUUCACCCAGAACCUCGGGCUGCAUCUCCCCGCCGGCGCGGCGGAGGUCGCGGGCGUGUGUCGCCCGCAGUACUGGAUCUGGAUCAACCCCGAGCACUUUGAGCGGUUCAGAAGCCCCGCGGCGGCGCGCGCGGCGAUGCUCGAGAGUCUCGAGACGAAUCCGUGGAGCGCGCCGUUCCUCGAUGGGAGGUUCAGAGACGCGAUCAAGUUCAAGAUGUGGAACACGACCGAGCAGCUCGACAGUAUCCCCGAGAUCAAGGACGACUGGCGCGCCUACUCGGGCUCGCUGCUCAACUCGGGCGGACACAUCAUCGACGUCGCGCCCGGCGGCGCCAACGCCAACGCCAACAACGCGGACGAAGCAGCCGGCGCAGGCGCAGGCGCAAAAGCCAAGUCGGAGGAAUACGACAAGGGCUCCGUCGUGCUCAGCGACAUGGCGCGCUUCGUGCUGUGCCACCGCUUCGGCGGGAUCUACGUCGACGCCGACACUCUCUUCCUGCGCGACUGGUCCGAGCUCUUCCACACGCGGCACGCGUUCGCGUACCGCUGGUCGCGCCUCGACAAGUACAACACCGCCGUGCUGCGCCUGAACCGGCGCUCCGCGUUGGGGUCGUGGUUGUUCAGAACGGCGUUUCGGAAUAAUCUCGAUUUCCACCCGAUGACGGUGACGCAGUACGCGAAGGACGCGUAUCUGGAUGCGUUGUUGAGGAUGUUGCCGGAUGCGCUGUUUGAUUCGGCGUGGUUGAACACGGAGGAGUUUCAGCGGGAUCGGCCGCCGCAGCCGUAUUUUGUCGCAUUCGACAAUUUCUUCCAUACGCCAGCGUCGGCGAGCGCACAGCCGCAGGCGCUCGGGUUCGAGGGCUUCUUCCGCGGCGCGUAUUCGUACCACUUCCACAACUCCUGGUUCAAGCCCUUCGACGUCUCGCGCAACUGGCCCGACCUCGGCGCGCGCUUCGUCGCGGGCGAGCGCGCGGCGCGGCAGGCGGCGGACCCGGACACGCCGCCCGCGGAGUGGGCCGACCGUGUCGCGGACGAUAAGCGCGAUUUGGACUGGGCGACGGUGGUGAAGCGCACGUUUGAGGCGUAUGUGCGCGGGGAGCGGCCGAAUGCGUAUGGGGAGUGGUUGGCGUGGUGAGUGGGUGUCGUAGCAUCUGAGGUUAGGUGCGGUGAGGCGGGAGGACUUGGACCAUGGACUCGGGAGGGACCUGCAUGCAUGCGUUGUCGUGUUUCAUAGAGACGAUUAAUAAUUUACCCCCAUCAUAUUGCAUCUGCACGCCCACAUAUCGCGCUCGUUAGCUCGCUGGAUUUCUGUUCACCGUACUACCUACCCCCUUCGUUUUUUGUUACGACGGACUAUAUAUUACUUACUGCAGUUUCGACGUCUGUGGUUCAUGACGUAGCGUAUUAUUUUAUGUAUCGGAUAU